AUGUGUGGAGUUGGAGAGUGGGAAAAGGCCAAAAUGAGUGUGACACCCUCUCAGAGGACAACGACCCCUAACAAUUUUCCUCCGGGGCCAUGGUCAUUGCCUUUUAUAGGCGACUUGCAUCAUAUUGACGCCAACAAGAUGCACCUGCAGUUUCAAACGUUUGCAAAAAAAAUCGGACCCAUCUUCAGUGUAAAAAUUUAUGGACCAAGGGUUGCCAUUUUCAAUGGGCAUAAACUUGUUCGAGAGGCAUAUCAGUCAGAUAACUUUACUGAUCGUCCAGUUAUACCAAUAUUUGCUGAUACUGUUGGAGACAAAGGGUUGAUUGUGUCCAAUGGAUAUGCUUGGAAGCAACAAAGGAGAUUUGCUCUUCACACUCUGAAAAAUUUUGGAUUGGGCAAAAAAAGCCUUGAACCGUCUAUCCUUCAGGAAGCCAGGUGUCUAAACGAAGCCCUCCUAAAUGAACAAGGUAAACCUUUUGACCCACAAAUUAUCAUGAACAAUGCCGUGUCCAACAUCAUCUGUGUGCUGGUGUUUGGGGAGCGUUUUGAGUACACUGAUGAUGACUUCCAAUCCCUCCUGAAGGACAUGAACGAACUUGUAUAUCUAGAGGGAGGAUUCUGGGCCCAGGUGAAACUCAUGGUCAAGUGCACUUGGGAUCUCUGGUCCACCAAUAGUUGA